AUGGAGUUUAAGAAUCUCGGCCGCCGCCAGCCCGUCCCCACAAAUCAAGCCCGAAGCCACAGCCGGCACCAUCAACCCGGCCCUCCGCCUGUCGUACCUGUGCCACAUGUACACCACCAGGCUCCCCACGCACAUGUCGAUGGCAAAGUAGGCCCCCACCAAAAAGGGGACCGCCAUCGCCAUCGGGAGUGGGACCCACCUCCCGUACCUCCCCGGCACCACGUCCCUCACCAGAUUAACAGCGACCGCAAAGGCGAAGAAGGCGUAGCAGAGCUCCAUACAGUGGGCGGGCAGCGCCGAGAAGCCCUCGACCCCAAGGAUGGCCAUGUUGCGGUAGAUCAGCGCGUAGGGCGCCUUGUAGACGCCGUCUGGGUUUCCGACGUCGAACGUGCGGUAGAAGAGGAAGAAGGUCAAGGGCGCCACAACACAGCCGAUGGCGGUCCCCACGGCCUGGGCCACGAGCAUGGAACGGGGGGAGGUGAGGGUGAGGUGGCCCGUUUUAAAGUCGUGCAUCAGAUCCGAGGAUAUGGAGACGAUGGACUUUAUGAGGCCACAACCGAUGAGUCCCGCCACCACCCCGUUGUGCGCAGGGCCCACGAGGGCGGCCAGGAUGAAGAGGGCGACCUUCCCGUAGUUGUAGGCCAUGUUCAUGUCGGUGAGGCCAGACCCGUACGCAUUGCAGAAGCUGAGGGAGGGGGCCAACACGUAAGCCACAAGGACGUAGUACCAUUUGAGAGGGGGAAACAUGAUGGGGAUCACAAUGAUGGAGACAAUGGAGAAUAG